AUGUCCCGGCCCAGCAGCAAAGCCAUCUACUUGCACCGGAAGGAGUACUCCCAGAGCCUGAGCUUGGAGCCCACCCUGCUGCAGCACAGGGUGGAGCACCUGAUGACGUGUAAGCUGGGCACGCAGAGAAUCCGGGAGCCCAAGGAUGCCUUGCAGAAGCUGCAGGAGAUGGACGCGCAGGGCCGGGUGUGGAGCCAAGACUUGAUCCUGCAAGUCAAAGACGGCUGGCUCCAGCUGCUGGACAUUGAGACCAAGGAGGAGCUGGACUCCUACCGCCUGGACAGCAUCAAGGCCAUGGAUGUGGCACUCAACACCUGCUCCUACAACUCCAUCCUGUCCAUCACUGUGCAGGAGUCAGGCCUGCCAGGCACCUGCACUCUGCUCUUCCAGUGCCAGGAAGUGGGGGCCGAGCGGCUGAGGCUCAGCGUGCAGAAUGCCCUGGACAAGGAGCUGGAGCAAAGCAGACCCCGAUUCGAAAGCCUCCUCCAAGGCCAGGACAGAUGGAGGGGCUUCUCUCUGCAAAGGCCGCUCCCUAAGCCCCAGGCACCCCCUCUGGAGCGGGGGCCGCUUCCAGAACAGCCCCGCCAGCUGACCCCAGAGAACAGCAGGCCACCGUCCCCGGGGCCCCUACUUCGCCACUCCUCUGCCUUCGCUCUGCCUCCUCCAAGGCACUCCCCCUCCCCCGAGGACCCAGAGAGGGAUGAGGAGGUGCUGAACCACGUCUUCAAGGACAUAGAGCUGUUUGUGAGAAAGCUAAAGGAGGCCCAAACAAGGAGCAGUCAGAAGAAGAAAAGAUUUGGGAAGAAAAAGAGCAAGGAUCAGGAGGAGCUGAAAGAGGUGCAGUACAUUGACUGCUUCCAGAAGAUCAAGUUCAGCCUCAACCUGCUGGGGAAGCUGGCCACGGAGCUGCAGGAGACCAGUGCCCCCGAGUUCGUGCACAUCCUCUUCCAGACCCUGGAAUUUAUCCUGGCCCAGUGCCCCGAGGCCGGCCUAGCAGCACAAGUGAUCUCACCACUCCUCACCUCCAAAGCCAUCCGCCUGCUGCAGUCCUGUCUAAGCCCCACAGAGAGUAACCUCUGGGAGGGGCUGGGCCCAGCCUGGACCACCAGCCGGGCCGACUGGACAGGCAAGGAGCCCGAGCCCUACCAACCCACGUUCUCCGACAGUUGGCAGCUUCCAGAACCCUCCUUCCAGACACACUUAGGAUACCAGGACUCUACACACAACCUCCAGCCCCCCAGCCUCCAACCUGCCAAGCCCACCCUGAAAAUGCAAGUCCUGUAUGAGUUUGAAGCAAGGAACACACAGGAGCUGACUGUGGUCCAGGGAGAGGAGCUGGAGGUUCUGGACUACAGCAAGCGGUGGUGGCUGGUGAAGAACCAGGAGGGAAAGAAAGGCUACGUCCCCAGCAACAUCCUGGAGCCCCUGCAGGCGGGGGGUUCUGGGGGCCAGGGCCAGCCAUCCUCUCGGGCUACGAUGCUUCGGCUCAGCUCAAAGCCUGAGGAGGUCACAGCCUGGCUGCAGGCAGAGAACUUCUCCACCAUCACGGUGCGGAGCCUGGGCUUCCUGACCGGGAGCCAGCUGCUUCGCCUGCGGCCUGGGGAGCUCCAGCUGCUGUGUCCGCAGGAUGCCCCCCGGGUCCUGGCAAGGCUGGAGGCUGUCAGAAGGAUGCUGGGGCUGAACCCUUAGGGGCCAGCUCACGGGCCUCCAAGAUCAAGGACCUUUCGCAUGCCAGA